GGCUCCGGGUCAAAGCCUGCGUUUGCAGCGCGCCAGAGCCGUUCCGCUCCCGCGUGCGUGUUGGCUGCAUCCCGAACUGGAGCAACUCCGGGAAUUGUAUGAAUGAAGGAUUAACUACAAAGUUGCAAACUCUGAUCAGCGGUGGAAAGCUUGAGGACUAAUGAUGCUGCCAGCUUGGGAAAUGAAUCUCUACCUGCUUAUUGCAGUUGGCUCUCAUUUUUAUUCCUUCUAUGAAGUGUAUAAAGUUUCCAAAAAAUAUGAAGACAAAAUUGACAGAGAUUUUGGAUUGGACCAGGGCAUUCUAUUUCAGGGACUUAAAAGGGAUUCCCUGGAUUUUGAGUGGAGUUACUGGAUAGACUGGGGAAGGGAACAUAUCCUGUGGCUUCUGGUUGGUCAUCUACUGGUAUCACAAAUGUCCCGACUCUUUCUGGAAAAGUAUAAACCUUGGUGCCUGAUGGUAUACGGAAUGGUGGCUUGCUGGUUUCUCUUGGGAAUCAAGGGCUUGGCAGUGAUUUUCCUACACGCAGUUACUUCAUUUGCUGUGGCUCAAUUUAAGAUGCCAGUUCUGACAUGGAUCUGCUCUCUUACCCUGUUAUCCACUUUACGCAUACCAGCUGUAGAAGAAGCAAAGAGAAAAUGGUAUGACACUGAAAAUGAGUAUUACCUGCUUCUGUUUACCCUGUCUAUUCGUUGCCUCUUCUACACUAGUUUCAGCCUAGAAUAUUGUUGGCAUGGAUCUACCCAGAAAUCAUCCCAUUCAUUCCUGUGGAUGCUGGCAUAUGUGUUUUAUUAUCCUGUGUUCCACAAUGGACCCCUUAUGAACUUCGAUGAGUUUAGUAAGCAGAUGAGGAGGCAAGAAGCCUUCAGUUUGAAGACAAAUCUUGGAAUUUUAAUCAUGGGCAUGAUUCGCAUCUUCUUUUGGUGGUUGCUGGCUGAGUUGAUGAUUCACCUCAUGUAUAUCCAUGCAAUCUACAGUACUUCUCCACCUUUGGAAACUGUGUCAUACUGGGCUUUAGGUGGCCUGGCUUUAGCUCAAGUACAGUUUUUUUAUGUGAAGUACCUGGUUUUGUACGGUGUUCCUGGCCUCCUCCUCCGAAUGGAUGGUCUGAAACCUCCCGCUCUUCCUUGCUGUGUAAGCAGGAUGCACAGUUUCACUAAAAUGUGGAGAUGUUUUGAUGUUGGGCUACAUCGUUUUCUGGUCAGGUACAUUUACAUCCCAGUAGGAGGAUCUCAGGCUAGCACGCUCGGGAUGCUCUUUUCCUCAGCGCUCACUUUUGCCUUUGUGAGCUAUUGGCAUGGAGGCCAGAGCUACCUUUGGUACUGGGGAACCUUUAAUUGGCUUGGACUAAUUGCUGAAAAUGGCAUCAGGAGGCUGUUCUGUGCUCCACCUCUUCAGCACUUAACCGAUCGUUUCUUCUCACCAGGAAUUAAUCGUCGACUUCAUGCUGUCCUGGCAUCUGUUUGCACUUCAAUGUUGAUUUUAUCAAACUUAAUAUUUCUUGGAGGAAAUAAAGUUGGAAAAAUCUACUGGAAUCGGAUCUUUAUGGAAGGCUGGCCAUGGGCAACGCUCUCUGUUCUUGGAUUCCUCUACUGCUUCUCGCACGUUGGCAUUGAAUGGGAGCAGACGCACGCGGUGAAAUGAGCGCGACGCAGAGGUCUGGUAUCGUGGGCGAUGGCUUCAAAGACAGUUCACAGGUUAAUGGCUCCUCUGCCCUGGGUUUACUUCCCAGCUGCAGAGGAAUGUGCCAGACAAACCCAAUAUAUGAUCCCUGUGUUAAAACUGUAAGCUCAUUUAAUUGAGUCUGGAUUGCAAAUUCAACAGUUAAACCAGAAACGCUGAUGGGCUGUGGCAGGGGACAGCAGUUUGAAUUAUGUGGUAUUUAUAAAACAGUGACUUUAUGUAAGUCGGAGAACAGGCAGCUCAGAGAAGGCAUUUCACAUACACUGAGGACUGGUUUUAUUCCUUGCAAAGUUUUGCUGCCUAUUUUGACACAUUAAAGAAAACUUUCCCGCUUUUCAUGAUUUGAUAAUCCCAAACUCUUGCAGCUUCUGCCCAGGGCACACCAGGUUAUACCCUCUGCUCGCUUACUCCAUGAAGGGCAGGAUGCUCAUCAUUUCUUUUUGAUUGCUUUCUGGUUUAAGCUAGAAUACUUCUGCUGUGCUUUCUGACUG